AUGACUUCUAUUAAAAAUGUGGCCAAGACUGCAAUCAUCUUAUAUGCCAUUUGCUUUUUUAUGAAGUCUGAUGGACGACCGAUGAUGAAAAGAUCAGUGAGUGAGAUGCAGCUCAUGCACAACCUUGGAGAACAUCGGCACGCUGUGGAAAGACAGGACUGGCUCCAGAUGAAGCUGCAGGAUGUGCACAGCGCCCUCGAGGACGCCCAGAGGCCACGGAACAAGAAUGAUAUCGUCUUGGGAGAGAUGAGAAAUAGGAGGCUGCUCCCUGAGCAGGUGCGGGCUGCAAUGCAGAAGAAAUCCAUGGAUCUGGACAGAGCUUACAUGGAUAUACUCUUCAAAACCAAGCCAUAA